AUGGAAGAAAGAUUAGACAUAGUGUUAUUUAAUAUUCGUCCAUUUUAUACUUCUCAAUUAGCUUUACAUCCUAUCGAUACUUGGUCUGAACUAAAGCAGAAAUGCAGGCUUCUAGAGAGUGCUAAACUACGCUCGGAUUUAUUCACCGAACCCCCUAAAAAUAAUUCAUCUUGUCUUGCUCCCGAUCUUUCUUAUAAAGCAUUUGGAAGAUUCGGUAUUGUAAAAUUCUAUAUCAUACCCGGUGUAACUACGGAAUUAUUAUUUGGUACUAACUUUUGGAAGGAAUUUAAUAUUGCCCCCGAUAUUCUGUCAUUAUUACCUGACAAGGAAUACUUCUCUUCGUCAGAACCUGUUAAAACUAUUGCAACCUCUGAACGAUGGUUACGCGAUUUUGAUUCUCUCUCGGAACCAGAAAGGAAACAAGCCGAGGAUGUCAUUAGGCAGUUCGAAGAAAUUUCUGCGGAUAAGAAAGGUCUCGGUCUUACUCAUUUAGUUUCCCAUAAGAUCGACACUGGCGAUCAUUCCCCUAUUAAACAACACUACUACCCCAUAUCUCCUGAAAGGCUAAUCGAAUUAAAUAAACAUCUAGAUCAAAUGUUACAGGAUGAUGUUGUAGAACCUAGUAACAGCGUUUGGAAUAAUUAUGUUACCUUAGCACCGAAAUCGGAUGAAUCGACAGAGAACGUGCAUAGUGCAACGUCAUCUGCGCGGGGCGCGAUAGAUGCGGAAACACCGGACUUAGUCGGCGGCAGCGCGGAUGCGGGUGGUCGGACCCCAGCGCGGUGCGUGGGUGUCCUUCCAAAGCGUGAGCGAAACUAUCAAAAUGCAGCAUAUAAUGGUGCUUACGCUGGCACCAGCGGCAUGAGGAACUAG